AUGGCCUCGAUUGUUUUGAAGAGAACCCAACAGAAGGUCGGUGAUACACGAUUUGUGCAGAUCAAAGUGACCAAGUCCACUUGCGCUGACACCGUAUACGCUGCAAUUAAGGCUGGGUACCGUCUGCUUGAUGGUGCCGGUGACUACGGAAAUGAGAAAGAGGCAGGUGAGGGUGUCCGCCGCGCUAUUGCGGACGGCCUUGUCAAGCGGGAGGACCUAUUCAUUACUUCCAAGCUAUGGAAUACUUUCCAUGCGCAUGACCAUGUCAAACAAAUUACCAAGAUGCAGCUUGGUCUCUGGGGAAUUGACUACUUUGACCUGUUCCUCGUCCACUUCCCCGUCGCACUGCGAUAUGUCGAUCCCAGCCACCGCUACCCCCCUGAGUGGUUCGGUGAUGAUGGCAAGGUCUACCUUCAAAACACCCCUAUGCACGAGACUUGGGGUGCAAUGGAGGAGCUCGUCGAUGAGGGACUGGCGAAAAACAUUGGCCUGAGUAACUGCCAGGGAUCUUUAAUCCUCGACGUUCUCCGGUAUGCCAAGUAUGAGCCCCAGGUGUUGCAGGUCGAGCUGCACCCAUACCUUACCCAAGAAGCCCUUGUCAAACUUUGCAAGACGUUCAGUAUUGCUGUGACUGCCUACUCGUCAUUUGGACCCCAAUCCUACGUCGAACUUGGUGUCGACAAGGGCACUCCUUCGCUCCUCAAGCACAACGUGACUUCUGCUAUGGCCAAGGCACAUGGAAGGACCGAAGCUCAGGUUCUACUGCGUUGGGCUACGCAACGGGGCGUUGCUGUCAUUCCCAAGUCCAAUGAUCUUGGUAGAUUGGCAGCAAACUUGGACUGCAACUCUUUCGAUCUCUCGGAAUCUGAGCUCGCAGCCCUGGGUGCACUGAACAUUAACCUCAGGUUGAAUGACCCCGCUGACAUCGACGGUCGCUUGGCCAUCUUCGCAUAG